AUGAAAACACAAAAUUGCUACAUUUGCUUAAUUAAGGAGAAUUUAUCAACAUUUAAAGUAGCUGAGAAGAAGAUCUACCAAGAGUUCACUGGAUAUGAGAUCAAGAAAGCGGAUAAAGUGCUAAUUUGCCAAGAUUGUAGCAUAAACUUACUGAAUUCAAUAAAAUUUCUUCGAUUGUGCAAGAAUUCUUAUCAGAACUUACAGGAACAGCUACAAACAAUUGAAUACAGUGAAAUCGUAGACGAAAUAACAAUCACCGUUGAUGAAGGGAAUUUCAAUAAUGAGGAAUACAUAAUUAAUGAUGGAGCUGUUGUUGAUCAUACAGUUUUGCAAGUGAUUGAGAUAGAAGGAGUAGAUAAUAAGGAUGAGAAACUGAAUAAGACAUUCCAAUGUAAUAAAUGUAAUGCCGAGUUUACAUCAAAUCAGAAACUCAAAAGUCAUGAGCGAAAGCAUGAAGGAAUUAAGGAAUGGACAUGUAGCUAUGAUGGAUGUGAUAAGAUAUUUGGAAAGGAACUAAGACUUAAAGCUCACAUUAGAACUCACACAAACGAAAAGCCUUACAUCUGUGAUUUUGAGAAUUGCGACAUGAAAUUCGCACAAAGUAAUGCCUUAUUAUGCCAUAAAAGGAUACAUUCUAAAGAAAAACCAUACAUUUGCCAAGUUUGUGGCAAAAGCUUUACUCAAAAUACGACACUAAAGACUCACGUGGCAGCAAGGCAUACAGGAAAUCAGGUAGUUUGUGACUAUCCAGGAUGUGAAAAGAAAUUUCCAAGAAACAGCUUCUUAAUGCUACACAAGAAACGCGAUCAUGAGAACAUUAGGAACUAUGACUGUAAAGAAUGUAAUAAGCAGUAUAAGCAGAAGAGUCAUUUAGACAGGCACAUAGAAGCUAGCCAUAAGAAUAUCAGACAUAACUGUCAAUUCUGUGAUAAGUCAUUCAGUAAAAGCUGGUCCUUAAAGUUACAUCAAUUUAAACACACAGAAGCUAGCAAUUUUCCAUAUAAAUGCACAGAAUGUGAAAUGAGCUUCCAGAGACGUGACAUGUGGAUUAAACAUAUGAAUAAAGUCCAUCCAGGCAUAGAAAUUAAGAAGGAAGCAAUUGAAAUUAACGUUCCAUUAAAUAUUGUAAAUAAGGAACUGACUAAUGUCACAUAA